UUUACAUCAUAAUGAAAACAUUUUCCCCCAAAAUUGGGAGGAAAACGUUUUCCAUUCUCUCGACAAACAUCUUUCUCUCUCAUCUAUACUCACCUCUCCCUCUCAUCUAUACUCACUACUCACCUCUCCCUCUCAUCUACACUUUCUCUCUCAUCAAACUGGUAAAUUUCACGCCAUUUUGAAGCAGAUUCUCUCAAUACGGUUUUGUUUCGUCGAAUUUGGAAACUAUAAUGGAGUCAAACGAUGUUCAAAAGUCUCAGUUGUAGAACCGGUUGGCAGUCCUGAGAAGAGUCUGCCAAGUAGUGGAGUAAGCGUAACGCCUUGGAUACAAGUAUCAAAUAUUGCCCCAUUUUCAAGCUUGCUAACUGGUAAAGGAAGAGAAGAAGCUAAUUUUCGUUGGACAAAACCAAUGUCUAAGGAGUUAUUGGAAUUUCUUGCUGAAGAAGUGAGGAAAGGAAAGCGGCCAAAUAACACUUUCAGGACCAGCUCCUUUAUAGCUGCUGCAAAGAUGAUUUCUGAAAAGUUUCACACCGCAUGUACGGCUGACCAUGUUGAGAAUCAUAUGAGGACAGUGAGAAGUAGUUGGGGAAUUAUUUCUCAAGUGCGGGGAAGAUCCGGAUUUGGUUGGAAUGACAAUGUAAAGAUGAUAACUGCAUCUCCAACUACAUAUGAUGCUUAUAUUCAGCAAUAUCCAUCUCAUGAGAAAUAUUUGAACAAAAAAAUUGAGAUGUAUGAGGAGAUAUCGAUAGUAGCGGGCAAGGACAUUGCAAGGGGUAAUUUUUGCAAGACGUUUGCUGACAUUCAGACUUCAAGUGGACAGCCCAGUACUGUUGAAACCGAGCCUACCAAGUCAGAUAGUGCAACUUCUUCCGAGCCUAGGUCUCACAGGAAGAGGUCUCGGGUCGAAGAGGAGGAGGGUGACUUGUAACAUAUUUCUGCUCAACUCGGAGAAGUUGUCUCUGCUCUCAAAAAUUUCUCCCAAAACCAACUUGAUGUGCAGAAACUUUAUGAAGAGAUCAUGAAAAUGGAUGAUGUCGAAGAAGUCGUUCGUGUUGCUGCUUUUGAUCACUUAGUUGAGCGUGAAAUGCUUGCUAAGGCUUUCUUGACAAAGAGUGAACCUCUUCGCAAGCUGUGGCUCCAAAAUUUUGUCAAGUCUCUACGUUGAGUUUUUUUUUAUUCUACUAACUUUCUUAUUAGAAUUAUAUACAUAAUAUGUCUUUUGGGGGUUUUUUGUGAAUUAUUGUUAUGCCUAAUAGUUUUAUAUUAUCGUGUUAUGGAUUUUUCAAAUUUUGGAAACAUUGAAAAAAUAAGUGUUUGGUUUUUCUAA